AAGUGGUAAUGUGCGGACCGACUGCUGAUGGUCAGCUGAUGUGUCAAACCAGAGUCCAGCCCUCACGCUUUGUUUUGUUGACGUUUAUUUGGACCAGAAGAGUUCUAGUCAUUGCAUGCGUUGCUAAUGUAAUAUUUACUCGUUAUUCUGGUUCAUCUCUCUUCAAUAUUUGACGACGUUCUCUUGAGCGGAAGCGAAAAAGAUGUAUCGAUUGACCUCAAGAGCCGCUGUCAAUCUGUUGACGUUUUCAUCGCUAGCGUGUUUUCUGCUGAUAUUAUCUGCACAAACAUCAGAAGCUAAGAAUUCAGAAGACAUCAGGUGCAAAUGUAUCUGUCCACCUUAUAAGGACAUUGCUGGGCAGAUCUACAAUCAAAACGUUUCCUUGAAGGACUGUAAUUGCCUUCAUGUGGUGGAGCCGAUGCCUGUUGAAGGCAAAGAUGUGGAGGCAUACUGUUUACGCUGUGAAUGCAAAUAUGAAGAAAGGAGCUCUGGAACCAUCAAAGGCACCAUUAUAGCAUAUCUGUCUAUCCUGGGCCUUCUGUUGUUGUAUAUGGUCUAUCUGACGCUGUUGGAGCCUAUACUGAAGAGAAGGCUGUUUGGCCAUUCACAGCUCAUUCAGAGUGACGAUGAUGUUGGGGACCAGCAGCCCUUCGCUAACGCCCAUGAUGUGCUUUCCCGUUCUCGCUCUCGCUCCAACAUGCUAAACAAAGUGGAGCACGCUCAGCAGCGCUGGAAGAGGCAGGUCCAAGAGCAGCGCAAGUCUGUCUUCGACCGCCACGUGGUGCUUAGCUAAAAGCCUUCACAGUCUGGACUGUUAUAUGCGGGUUCUGGUAUUGUGCUAAUUGCUGGGUCUUCUCCAUGAUGUCCGACCCAUCUCAUUGGUCUGCCUGAGCAACCUCCAGUGUGUUCAUUUCUUUUUGAUGUGUAGGUUUGUCGUCUUGACCAAUGUGUGUGAUUAAACCUUGUUUAUUAUUAGAGUUCGCUUGAUACAGAAAGUUAGCAUUAAUUAUCACUGUGUUCUUGCAUUUUGAAAUCAAGCACUCUGAAAUUAGCAAAAACAAUGUUUACUUCUACUGCAGUCCAGUCACACUGAACUUGAUGUUGGGAUAGAAGUGCCAAUUUCCUUAUAAAAUUAGGUGAUCAAUUUAUUCAUUACAUUUUUAUAAUUGUCAGAAUUGUUACUAAACACAAACUAUACAUUUUCCAGUCUUAUUGUACAGUGUAAAAUGACCCCCUCUCUCUUUUUACUCUUCUCUUUUUUACCUUGCGGUUUACUGUCAACUAUUAUAUGUAAAUAAUAAUCAGUGAAUGUGUUUUGUCCUUGUCCCCAAAUUGUCCUUGUCCCCAAAUUAUAUGCUGUAUGACUAACUUCCCAAUUCAGUUCUUUUCUAGCUUUGUGUAGAUUUAGAUUCAUGAUGGUGUACAACAUUUUCUUUUGUUGUUUUUUGAAGACAGUACAAGGUACAUUUUUUUGAAGGUAUCAGAAUUAUAUUCUUUGUCAUUAAGAUGUGUGUAUAUAUAAUAACUGAAAUGUUCAGGUACACGAUUUAACAAAGAGAGCUGUUUUGACCUUUUGAGUUAUAUUACAGUUUUGUUAAUAUGUGAA